AAAUUGAUGGGUGAGAGAGACGCUCGCAUUUAUUUAUAUUUCUUCAAUAAGUAAGAUGUAUUCUCGUGAUAGUCGCCGUUUAAAAUAAUGAUUACUGAAAUUUUAGUUUAAUGGAUUGGGAUUUGGGUAUACAUACAUGGAUGGAACUUGGAAGUCUGAACGAAUAAGUGAAUCCAUCGUCAUCAUCAUCCAACUUUAGGUGAUAUAUAUCGUGACAGAGACGCUCGCCGGCCAGACGCGGCGCUAAUCUCCCCUUGAAACGUGGCGCUUCCGACACCCGUCGGCAACUCUUUCAUCUUCCACCCACCUAGACAAGCCCAUCCCACCAUCCAUCCUUAUCUCCCUCUCUUUCUGAUUACCAUACCCACUGAGCCGUCUCUGCUGGUGGCAUCCGGUCCGUAAAAUACGCGGCUAUCCGGACACCAAAAAUUGGAGCUGCAGGCCUGCAUAGAUUCUCUCUGUCCGGUUCCUGCUCCAUUCGCUCGAUUUGAGUUGAGAGUUGGUAAUGUAAUCCUGUGAAUAUCAUUUGUACAUAUGAAGGACAUAAGAUCAUGGAGGUCAAUAAUGAAGAAAAGAAGUGACUCAUUUGAAGGGGGAACAUGUGGACUGAAGAUGAAACCGCUUCCAUUUAUGGCAAUAGUUUGUACAGUAAUGCUGUUUAUUGGAUAUAGGACCACUAAUUUUCAAUAUCAGCGGACAGAGAUGGAAUCCAAAUUUGAUCCUUUCUACACCUCAAAGGAUUAUGGUGGUUCUGGCAGUAGAUUGAGUAGUUUGCCUCGUGGUAUCAUAGAAGCUAGAUCUGAUCUUGAGUUGAAGCCUCUGUGGUCAACAAGUAGCUCCAAGUCCAAGGAUAACGUUCCAGGUUCGCAUAACCUGUUGGCAAUACCAGUUGGCAUCAAGCAGAAAGAUAAUGUGGAUGAAAUUGUUCAAAAGUUUCUUUCAGAGAAUUUCACAAUUAUUUUGUUCCAUUAUGAUGGCAAUUUGGAUGGAUGGUGGGACCUAGAUUGGAGUAAGGAGGCCAUUCAUAUAGUUGCCCAGAAUCAAACAAAAUGGUGGUUUGCGAAGCGUUUUCUACAUCCUGCUGUUGUAUCUAUUUAUGAUUACAUAUUCCUAUGGGAUGAAGAUUUGGGUGUAGAGAACUUCCACCCUGGAAGAUAUAUCGAAGUUGUAAAGGCAGGAGGAUUGGAGAUAUCUCAGCCAGCUUUGGACCCCAAUUCAACUGGCAUUCACCACCGGAUAACAAUAAGAAGAAGAACCCGCAAAUUUCACAGAAGAGUAUAUGAGGAUAGAGGCAGUACAAAGUGUUCCGAAGAAAGUGAAGGCCCUCCUUGCAGUGGAUUUGUGGAAGGAAUGGCUCCCGUCUUUUCAAAAUCUGCAUGGCAUUGUGCUUGGCAUCUUAUACAGAAUGAUCUUGUUCAUGGAUGGGGAAUGGACAUGAAGCUUGGCUAUUGUGCACAGGGGGACCGGACAAAAAAAGUUGGCGUUGUUGAUAGUGAAUAUGUAGUCCAUCAGAGCAUCCAAACGUUGGGUGGGCAAUCUUUUAAAAAGGAUUCAAAUCCCCAAGAGCUGCUGAAAAGGCAUGUUGUUGAUGUUAGAUCGGAGAUAAGGCGUCAAUCCACAAAUGAACUACAAGAAUUUAAAGAGCGUUGGGAAGAAGCUGUAAGGGAGGACAAGAGCUGGGUGGAUCCGUAUAAAGAAGGUAGUCAAAUCCAGAAACGUAAGAUCAGGAAAAGGAGGAACCAUAGGCGAAAUAUAAAUCUAUAGACUAACUAUAAUCGUCAGCAGUUUUGUUUUUUAUUGUCGUUCUAGUUUGUUCAACCUCAAUUCAGUUUACCUUGAAGCGUCCACCUGUAAUUUGUAGUGUGUAGGUUGAUCAACUGAACGACACAAUUUGUUUAUUGUUUGACUGUUGGUUUUGCCUGUCAUGGUGUUAUAAUCCCCUUUUGCUCUAAAUUUAUUCAAUGAACCAGUCUGGCUUUUCAAUCGGUGAAUUUAGAUAACCAAUGAACCUUUUUUAAAAUCAACCAAAGACAAUACAGGCCAAUGAGAUAUUUCAA